AUGCCCUAUGGCACGGGCACAGUACGCGACGACCAACUUGGCACCCGAAGCUGCUAUGCUUCAGCAGUGAAGUCCACCAAUCGCCAACAUAGGGGUGAGGCCCUCGCAGUAACCCAGGCACCAGCCCCACCUCAAGCUGGCACCGAGCGACCAAAAGACUCUAGGGAGGAAUCUGUCAGCCAACAGGCCGGACCUGUGGAAGACCUUGAGCUAGUUACUCUCCAUGAUGAUAUCUCGGAUCGGCAGGUCAGGAUCGGCACCUCCCUCUCACAAGAGCUUCGCUAUGAGCUUGUCGCUUUCCUCCGCCUUAAUUCUGAGGUCUUCGCUUGGUCAUACAAUGACAUGCUUGGCAUAUCACCAGACAUCAUCUCCCAUCAGCUAAGUAUUAAUCCUGCUGUCCGACCCGUUCGGCAGAAGCGUCGUGCUUAUGACCCAGAGCGGUAUGAGGCCAUGAGGCAAAUGUGGAUAAGCUGA